UGUAAUUCUCUUGAAAUGAAAGCGAAAGCGCACAGUAAGCUCUUUGGAGUACCCCUACAGUGUUGUGAACGAUGGCGGCUAGCUGUUACGACUCGGAUGACAGUUCACUUCCAAAUGACUCUGGAUAUUGGACAAACUCUGCUGGCUUUGAUAAUGAGGAAGAGCUCAGUGACAUAGAAAAUAGUGACUUGGACUUGUCAGAGAGUGACGGAGAUGACACUGCCAGUUCUGAAUCGGAUGAUGAGAACAAACUGCAACAGCCAUGCAAAUUCUACAAUAAUGGGGACUGCAGAGAAGAAAAGAAGUGCAAAUUUCUUCAUGUUUGUAAAUAUGACUUCAAAGGAGAUAAGACCAAGAGGACAAAGUUCGAUUCUAGUGAGGAUGAAAGCAGUGGAAGUCGUUCCUCUAGUGAGCCACAAAGAACAAAGGACAAGCCGUAUCAGUGGCAAAUAAACAGUGGAGAUGGUUGGAGAAAUAUCGAAAAUGACUUUGUUAUUGAAGCUCAGUAUUCACUGCCAAAUUCCAAGGGAAUUAAACUGUAUAAUACACCAUAUGGAGUUGUUAAUAUAGAUUUCAACAAAAUGCGGGUCAAUAAAAAAAAUUUAAGAAUACGUCGAAAGACCUUUGAAGACUGCACAAUAAAACCAAUUUGGUUAUGGUACUGCCGAUCUAAUCGUCGCUGGAUUCUGUUCGAAGAGAAGAAUUCCAAGAGUACCAGUAACUCCUCAGCCCCAAGUAGCGAUGACAUUGAAAGUCAUUAUCAACAACGGCAGGACGACUUAUAUUCACAAUUGGACAAAACCAAUAUGAAUUAA